AUGACCACAAACUCAAGUUCAACAAACACACAAAAUCAAGUUCAAAAACACCACAAACUCAAGUUCAAACAGGACACAAACUCAAGUUCAACAAACACCACAAACUCAAGUUCAAACAUGAAACAAACUCAUGUUCAAAAACAUCACAAACUUACGUUCAACGAACACAAAAACUCAAGUUCAAACACGACACAAACUCAAGUUCAACAAAAACAGAAACUCAAGUUUAACAAUUGCCACAACCUCAAGUUCAACAAAUUCCACACCCUCAACUUCAAAAAACCACAAACAAGAAGUUCAAAAACACCACAAACUCAAGUUCAAACACGACACAAACUAAAGUUCAACAAAAACCACAAACUCAAGUUCAAACGCGAAACUCAAGUUCAGAAACACCACCAACUCAAGUUCAACAAAUUUCACAAACUCAAGUUCAAAAACACCACAAACUCAAGUGCAAACACGACACAAACUCAAGUUCAACCAUCACCCAAAUCUCAAAUUUAA